UCAGGUUUUUUACUGAGACUGCUAAAUUUGGAUUUAAGACUUCUUUUCACAAAGGUUUGGGUUAUAUUGUGAGGUAAGGUGAAUUGUCAAUUAAAACAAGUUUCAUUUUAAAAGGCGUAUUUUUUUACAGAAGCUAAACAAAUUUGGAUAAAUUACUAUUUCACCACAGCUGGAAUUAAAAGACCAGGAGCAGUUUUGAUCAUUACCCACACUAUCUCAUCUAUGGAGCGCCUGAAGUUAGUCCUGCAGUACUUUCAGUCCAAUUCUGAGUCCAUCUCUAAUGGCAUCUGUAUCAUCCUGGCCCUGGUCAGCGUCAAGCUGUACACCAGUUUUGACUUUAACUGCCCAUGCCUUCCUCAGUACAACAAGCUGUACUCUCUAGGUGUGAUGAUUGUACCCCCCAUCAUAUUCUUUUUCCUGGGGGUCCUAGUCAACAGACAUACAGGAGUCAUGAUGGACGAGUGGAUGAGACCCAUUGGGAACAGAUCCAAAAAUCCUGCUGUGGUUAAGUACCUGUUCUCAGCCAUGAUCCAGAGGGCCCUGCUGGCCCCCAUGGUGUGGAUCCUGGUCACUCUGAUGGAUGGAAAGAUCUUCAUCUGUGCCUUUAGUGUUAGUGUAGACCCUGCACUCUUCUCAGGUUUGCCCAACAAUACAGGUCUGGAGUUGAUCAAAAUCAUGGCCAAAGUGCCCUGCAAGGAGGACAUUAUCUUCAGGAACAGCUCUUUCCGCAAAGCAGUUUCUCGUUACGUUCGCUGCUAUUCACAGGCAGUUGGCUGGUCCAUCCUACUUUUCCUGAUUGUACUUGGAGCAAUGGGACGCCUCAUCAAGCCCUACUUCGAUGACCACGCCACCUCUCUUCAGACACGCUAUUGGAGCAACUACCUGGACGUGGAGCAAAAGCUCUUUGAGGAAACCUGUGUCCUGCACGCUCGUGACUUCGCCCGGAAGUGCGUAGUGCAGUUCUUCGAGGACAUGAGGGAGGACACCAUACUCCGUCUCCCGCACCCGCUUUUCCUCACAAACGUCAGAGAGGAAUGGGAGGAUGAAGAAGAGGAGAGACUUCAUGGGGUGUCGAAGCAGGAGCAGAUGGACCAGCUGCUUAACAAGUGGUACCACAGUAAACCAGAACUGGACGUCACCAGAAUGGCACACAGACCCAGGACCUGUGUUACCUGGGAGGACAGAGGCGGGAGGACUUUAUACUCAGAUGUCUAGGACACAUUCGGAGAUGUAAAGCUGCCGGUAGCUAAAGGUCUACUUACUAAUGAAGCCAAGCUUUCAUUUACAUCUCCUGAUCUUCUUUCACCAAAAGGAGCUUUUGCAUGAAUUAAAAAAAUAUAUGAAUUAAAUGAUGUUACUACUGAAAUGUUAGUGUAAAUAAGAUGCAGUAUCAGGACAAAAACAGACAUGCAGGGAUUACACCCAGAAGCCAAAAAAAAACACACACCCGGCAUGUCGCUGCGAUCCAGUAUAAGCUCCACAUAAUACAUAACACAUAACACAUAAUCACCUCCCCCCUCGAUGCUUUCACCUUCCUGAUCGAGACAAAGGGAGACAGACAGACGUUACUAUACACUGUUGAGAGCUACUGUUGUUUCUCCUUCACAUCAUCUUAACAUUUAAGUGGUGCUGUCUUAAUUCUCCGUGCCUCUGGCUCUGAGGAGCUCCCUCAGUUCAUCCAGAUCAAUGUACUGCUAUCCCCGCAGAUAGCAGUGAUCUAUCAAUAGAUCCAAGACGGACGGCAUCUGACUGAAAAUCUGAAUCUGGAGGCACACAAUCAAUCAAUACAUAAAAAACACGUGGGGUUGGGCGAUAUA